UCACCGUCGCCCAAUCAGCCGCCGAUUUCAACCACCUCGCCUCCGACAUCGGACAGAUCCGCGACGCCGCCGAAUCGCACCCUUACAUCCCCGUCCUGCCGUCCUCCGACUCGGAGGCCUCGGUUAUCGCGCUCCAGCUCACGCUUUCCCGGGCCAGGGAUUUUGCGUGGGAAUAACCAGCCACCACGGCGUCCUCGAUGGGAAAUCCGCCACUCUCUUCCUCAAGGCCUGGGCCCACUUGUCCAAAUCCAGCGUUACCUCUUGUCCAGAAGAUCUCGUACCGUUUCUGGACCGGUCCGUCGUACCAGAGCCCAAAGGCAUGGGCUUGCAUUACCACAACUCCUGGCCCGGCCCGAGAAGCUUGAAGCUGCCCCCGCCGUCUGCUCCCGAGCCCGGCUUGGUCCGGGCCACAUUUCUUCUCUCCCACGACCGAAUCCAGACGCUGGGGAAAGGAUUAAAACGGCGCCGUCCGGAACUGAUUAUGAGCUUCGCCUGUCAAGCUUUGUCGUUACGUUCGCCCAUUCCUUGGUGUGCUUGGUGAAAGCCAAACGCCUGGGAGCCCGAAGCGACGACGACGAAGCAGUGGUCCAUUACGCUUUCAUGGCGGACGUCCGAGGCCGACUGAAACCACCAUUGCCGGCGAACUACCUAGGGAAUUGCGUCUUAAGCGGACCCGAGCUGAUACAAGUGAGACCGCUGGUGGCGGAGGGAGGGAUUGGAUUCGCUGCGGAGAGGAUAAGCAAGAUGAUUGAUCACGUGGAGGGGAAGGAUCAGGUUGUUGGGGGAGACCGCCACGUGUCAACCUUCGCCAAGGAUAGGGAGGCCAGUCGAGGCGUGUUUAUCGGGAUCGCUGGGUCCCCGAGGUUCCACGUGUACGGCGCCGAUUUCGGGUGGGGGAAGCCCAAGUACGUGGAGGUGACGUCGAUAGAUCGGACGGUGGCAUAUCGCUGGCGGAUUGUAGAAACGGUAGCCGUGGGAUCGAGGUCGGACUGGGUUUGCCACCGGAUCAGAUGGACAUCUUCCGUUCAGCUUUUGCUGUCUAGUUGUCCUUGA